AGGCUUAAGGCAGUUUCUAUGACGUCAACACUGUCGAGUUGAAUAGAUUCACACGUGUUCGGUGUUUAUAUUUGUUAAGACAAGUUAAAGUUUUCUGUAAUAAGAAAUGUUGGAGGGUGAUCAGGACCAGGAGGAGGAUCAGGGUGGUUUGCGUAAUGAUGGAAGACGUGCUGCGGAAUUAAGAAAGAUUCGUGUUCGAAUGGGUGUAUUUGGACAGGCUGAUGGUAGCGCGUACCUAGAGCAGGGUAAUACAAAGAUCCUGGUUGCUGUAUAUGGUCCUCAUCAGCCGAGAGGCUCAGCUGCUCGAGCUGGUGGCAAGAAUGUAGGAGGAAUCAUAAAUUGUCAAUACAGUACCGCAGUAUUCAGCUUCAGUGCUGGUGAACGGAAAAGAAGACCUCGUGGAGAUCGUAAAUCUAUUGAAAAGUCUCUUCAGUUACGUAGAGCCAUGGAGUCAAUUAUUCAGUUGGAUUUGUAUCCUCGUUCACAAAUAGAUGUGUUUGUCGAAGUCUUACAGAUUGAUGGUAGUGAAUAUUGUGUUGCUGUUAAUGCUGCGACUCUUGCUUUAAUCGAUGCAGGGAUUCCCAUCAAGGAUUAUGCAAUUGGAUGCACAGCCAGCCUAAUUGAUUCUACAUCUAAAAAUGAUGAAGACUCUUCACAUGCAGCAGGUGUAGUUGACGCUACUUAUAUGGAGGAAUGUUCUCCUGGUGCAACUUUAUCUAUAAUUGCGUUACCUGGCUCAAGUAAUGAUGCAACCAAAGGUUUGGUGGUUGUAGCGCAAGGUGCGGGGCAAAGGUUACACUUGUCUAGACUGGAAGCCUUACGAAACCGUGCACUUUGUGGAUGUCGCGAUAUCAGGAAUAUCCUGGAUCGUGCUGUAAGGCAACACCUUACCGUUCACUCUCAACCAUCGUUUAGUACGUUACAUGUAAUUGACUAAUUUAGGUAUCUGGUAAAUUCAAUGAGUACAACAUAAAAUUGUUUUAAUAUCUU